UUUGUCAGAUCAGGGCUGCAGUCGAAGCAAAUCAUUUUGUUUCUGUCUGAGGGGAAAUAACCUGAGUUCAUCUGUUCUUUCUCAUCAACUGAGUGAAAUACUGAGGUCAGACAUGUCUGCUGGCAGCAACCAGAGAUCUGAGGAUCAGUUUCUGUGCUCCAUCUGUCUGGAUGUGUUCACUGAUCCAGUCACCACACCAUGUGGACACAACUUCUGCAAGAACUGCAUCACCCAACACUGGGAAGAUAAAGUUCUGUAUGAGUGUCCCUUGUGUAAAGACAGUUUCUUUGCUAGACCUCAGCUGAACAUCAACACCUUACUCAGAGAGAUGGUUGAUCAGUUCAGACGUGAACGUCAGCAGGAAGCCAGCAGCAGCAGCUCAGAGCAACAAGCUGCCAAACCAGGAGAAGUUCCCUGUGACGUCUGCACUGGAACCAAACUGAAGGCCCUGAAGUCCUGCCUGGAGUGUCUGACCUCCUACUGUCAGACUCACCUGGAGCCUCAUCGGACAGCUUCAGGUCUGAAAAGACAUCAGCUGAUGGAGCCUGUGGAGAACCUGGAGGACAGGAUGUGUAGGAAGCACGAUAAACCUCUGGAGCUGUUCUGUAGGACCGACCAGACAUGUGUCUGCAUGCUCUGCUCUGUUUUAGACCACAAGACUCAUGAGCUUGUUUCUCUGAGAGAAGAAUCUGAAGGAAAGAAGGCAGAGCUGGGGAAGACAGAGGCUGAAAUCCAGCUGAUGAUCCAGAAGAGACGACUGAAGAUUCAGGAGCUGAAAGAGUCAAUGAAGAUCAGUAAAGAUGCUGCAGACAGAGAGACAGCAGGAGGUGUUCAGGUCUUUACCCCUCUGAUGGAGUCUGUUCAAAGAGAUCUGCACCAGCUCAUAGAGGAGAUCCAAGACGAACAGAAAACUACAGAGAAACAGGCUGAAGACUUCAUCAAAGAUCUGGAACAGGAAAUCUCUGAGCUGAUGAAGAGGAGCUCUGAGGUGGAGCAGCUCUCACGCUCUGCAGACCACCUCCACCUCCUCCAAAGCUUCUCGACCCUGAAAGCUGCUCCACCCACCAAGGACUGGACAGAGGUCAGAGUCCGCCCACCAUCAUAUGAGGGGUUUGUGGAAAGAGCUGUGGAACAGCUGGAGGAGAAAAUCAGGAAAGAGAUGAAGAAGAUGAUUGAGGCUGAGCUAAAGAAGGUCCAGCAGUAUGCAGUGGACGUUACUCUGGAUCCUGAUACAGCAAAUCCAGAACUCAUCCUGUCUGAUGAUGGAAAACAAGUUUACUGUGGUGAUGAGAGGAAGAAUCUUCCAAAGAAACCAGAGAGAUUUUCUCACUGUGCUAAUGUUUCAGGGCAUCAGAGUUUCUCUUCAGGCAGAUUCUACUUUGAGGUUCAGGUUAAAGGAAAAACAGACUGGGAUUUAGGAGUGGCCAGAGAGUCCAUCAACAGGAAGGGAGAGAUCACACUGAGUCCCCAGAAUGGUUUCUGGUCUAUAUGGUUAAGAAAUGGAAAUGAGUACGAAGCUCUGGCUGGUCCUUCAGUCCGUCUCCAUCUUCAGUCUGGUCCUGAGAAGGUGGGGGUGUUUGUGGAUUAUGAGGAGGGUCUGGUCUUCUUUUAUGAUGUAGAUGCUGCAGUUUUGAUCUUCUCUUUUACUGGCUGCUGCUUCACUGAGAAACUGUACCCGUUCUUUAGUCCUUGUCCAAAUUAUGGUGGUAAAAACUCAGCUCCUUUGAGCAUCUGUCCUGUAAGUCAAACUGUCUGAUGGUUUUUUUUAGAGAAGCAAGAAAGGCCGUCAUGAGCCAUGGUAGGAGUGAAUAGGCACCGUCUCCUAAUAUGAUGCCAUCUGGUCGGUUGGUUUGGAGCUCUCUGUACAAGGCACUCUCCCUCAGGAUACGAGCAUCAUGAAUAGACCCUGGCCAUUUCAUGACGCAGUUUGUGAUGGUGAGGUCAGCGUCGCCCACAAGUUGGAUGUUGACGCUUGUCUCUCCCCUCCGUCCCCUCCAGGGAUGAGGAACCUUGAACAGUCUUUAUUUUGUUAACAAUUGGACAUUGAGAUGUUUUCA